GAACCCCCUCUCUUAACUUCUUUGAAAAUAUUUUUUUUACCCCCCCAACAUUUUCCACAGAUCCAUUAGCACCCCUCACGCCUCCCGUGCAGAUCCGUUUCAACCCGGAACUAAAACUUCAGGUGUUGUUCUCUCAACAUCGGAAGGAAUUGUUAUUGGCAGCAUGUCUUCACUGAUCUCACAUGGAUUUAAAAGCAGUAAACAGGAUUUCAACUUCGGGCCCUGGACAGUCACUGCUGCAAAGACUCAUAUCAUGAAGUCUAAAGAUAUUGAGAGGUUAGCAGAAGAGAUGCACAUGCCGGCUCUUCCAGAGAUGCUGUUUGGUGACAAUGUGCUACGCAUUCAGCACACAGAUGGUUUUGGGAUUGAAUUCAAUGCAGUCGAUUCUCUCAAACGUGUCAACAACUUGCAAGACUCUGUGAAAGUGGCUUGUGCACAAGAGUGGCAGGAAAGCAGAGCCGACUCUGAUCAUUGUAAAGAUGUGGUGAAACGUUAUGACUGGACAUACACAACCGAUUAUAGAGGGACUUUACUUGGACAGGACACACAGAUGAAGGUGACGCCCACAACAGAACGAAUCGAUAUGGAGAAGCUGAAAGCACGAGAACAGAUCCAGUUCUUUGAGGAAGUUCUGUUGUUUGAAGACGAGCUGCACGAUCACGGCGUUUCAAUGAUCAGUGUGAAAAUUAGGGUGAUGCCCACCAGUUUCUUUCUUCUGCUGCGGUUCUUCUUGAGAGUGGACGGAGUUCUGAUCAGAAUUAAUGACACGCGUCUUUAUCAUGAGGCUGGAAAAAACUACAUGCUUAGAGAAUUUAGCACACGUGAAAGUCAAUUAUCAGAUCUUCAGCAUGUUCCUCCGGCUUUUUACACAGACCCGAACGAGAUUGUGCAACACUUACCGCUGAAACUCACCGAGUGUGAGAAACUCGAGUUUCUGUCUGUGCAGUGACAUGCAACAGGAGCAAAAGACAGACCAGACACACACACACAUACACACACACUGAUACUCACUCUCACACACACUCUCUCUCUCUCACACACACACACACACUGAUUCUCACAAACUCACACACACUCUCUCACUCUCACACACACUCUCUCUCUCUCACACACACACACACACUGAUUCUCACAAACUCACACACACUCUCUCACUCUCACACACUCUCUCUCACACACACACACCCACUGAUACUCACUCUCACACACACACACACACACACACACACUGAUUCUCACAAACUCACACACACUCUCACACACACUCUCUCUCUCACACACACACACACACCCACUGAUACUCACUCUCACACACACACACACACACACACACACACUGAUUCUCACACACAGUCUCACACACACUCUCUCUCACACACACACACACACACACACACACACACACACACACACACACACACUGAUUCUCACUCUCUCACACACACACACACACACACACACACACACACACACACACUGAUUCUCACAAACUCACACACACUCUCACACACACUCUCUCUCUCUCACACACACACACACAGUGAUACUCACUCUCACACACACACGCACACACACACUGAUUCUCACAGUCUCACACACACUCUCUCUCUCACACGCACACACACACACACACACAGACAGACAGACACACACUCUCACACUGACAUAGACAGACAGACACACACACUGACACAUACUCUCACACUGACACACACACACACAAUAAAGACUCAAUCUCUCACACACACAGACAUAUACACACACACACAAUAAAGACUCACUCUCUCACACACACACACACACUAAAGACUCACUCUUUCUCACACACACACACACACACACACACUAAAGACUCACUCUCUCACACACACACAAA